GUGGCGUAGGCCGCAAACACUCUAGAGUUUGCCCCUCGAGGGAAGCCUCAUCGGGAUGAGCUCCGCUGGAGACAAAGCGUGCACUGCUGCGAGCGGAGAACAGAUCCGCCCGCCGGUGCAGGAGGGCCGCGAUGCGAAGAUUGCAAGUUUGCAACUGCAGAUUUCGCAAUUGGCGGCCCUGGUGGAGGAGUUGGUGAAGAAGAAGGAGCCUGGCAGCGUCGUGGCGGAUGCAGGCAGUAGGGGCGGCUGGGUUGCUUCCCCGAAAGCCAAGAGCCCCUGCAGCCGCACGGCGGAGGCGGGGGAUUUCGCCAGCAGCAAGCGAGAGAUAGUGGGCAAGGACCACGGCAGCUUCUGGAAGGCGGAUGGACCAGCAGAUCGGGAGCGAACCCUGUUGGACCAGCCGGAGUGGGCCCGGGCAUAGGACCGGACUACGGGGAGGCGAGGGGGUUAAACUCCCCACAUACCCGUGAUUCGAGGAAAUGGAGA